AACAGAGAUAAAUUGAAACCAAUACGAUUAAAUUAUGUCUGUUAAUAUUAAAUUUUUGUUCCUAUAUUUAAUUUUAACAAUUUCGAGCUGUUCGUGCUGCCACAAAUCCAAAAAACUAUAUCAAAAAGAUAUAUCAUCGGAUACAUCAGUGUUAGAUACUGGAAUAGGAUCACUUGGUUUAUUUCUGAGCAAUUCCGUAAAACACCUACCGGUUCCAAGACGAAAUUAUCAUUAUCGAAUCCAUCAUCAUUAUCACAACCGAGAUAAAGUAUUGAAAGAAAUACACGUUUUGCCACGUGAUAUAACCAUAUGCGAAGGGAAUCCAGGAUCUUUCUGUCCCAAUGGUACUUGGGCGCUUUGUACCAAAAACGGAGCAAUCAGAUGUAUCAGUAGCUUAUGGGAUACACUAGGAUGCGACGAAGGACCAUACCAACAUUGCGCUCAAGCUCAGCUUCCUUGUUUUCCUUAUUUACCGGAAUGUAGAAAUGGAACGAAAAAAUAUUUCGAGAUAGAUAUUCCUUGUAUAUCGAUGUUAAAAAUGUACGUUAAUUUGGUUUAUGUCAACGGUACUGUCAUAGCUCAAGAUUUGAUCAAAAUUUAUCCGCCGGAUAUAUUUUGUGUUACAGUUUUAGCUUUACCUGCCAAAUUGACAGAAGGCGAAGAACUUUUUAACGAUAUUAAUGAUAUAUUAGGAGAAUUCGCUGUUAAAUUAAUAUAAAUUAUAUUUUGUUGUAAUAAAUCGGAUUAGACUCAAGAUAUUUUCCUAUACAAGAAGCGUCAAUGAGGAUUAUCUAGUCCCUAAUCUCUAAAACCCAAUCUAUCGUUUUUAAACGGAACAAUAUCCUGACAACUACCACUUAAUUGCCUCAUAUUAAAAAUCAGAACAACCCCUACUCAAUCAUUUUCUCAAAUAUUACAUCACCGACACACAGAUGGCGCUGCCAUAUGACAUAUGACGUUAAUGGAGUACCAACUAUGUCAAAAAUAUCGGAACAUUUUAAUUGGUCAGAAAGAAGUGACAGUGUGUUAAUUUAUCAUAGCUUCUUGAAGAAAAAAAAUAUUCUACAAGCUCAAAAGUGUUAUCCGGACUCUGCUCCAUCGAAAAGAACAUUUUGUUAUUCUUUUACUGAAUUUAAACGUGGUCGUACAGACACCGAUGAUGGUGAACGUUCUGGUUGUCCAAUUGAUGUUUAGGUUAGGUUAGGUUAAGUUCGUUAUAUCUAAUCGUAAAUUGAAAUAGCGUGAGAUAGCUAAGGCCGUAAAGAUAUCAGUAUGUUUACAAUUAUGUAUGAACAUUCGACUAUGAGAAAGCUUUCUUCAAAGUGGAUGCAGCGUUUAAGUAAAUCGAUCAAAAACAAUAACUUGUUGAUGAUUCAAAGCAGUGUUAUGUUUACACGUAAUAAAUCAGAUUUUUUGCGUCCUGGAUCAAAAUGAUUAUCAUCUGAGUGGACUGCAACGGUGAACCAGGUCCUAAACGUCCAAAGGCACAAUAGGGAAGGUUAUGGCUUCAGUAUUUUGGGAGACAAUCAAAAGCGAAUAUUACGUAGAUUUGUGGGAUCAAUCAAAUGCAAAAAUCAAGGAAAAACGGUCUAAUAUGCCGAAAGACAAACCGUUAUUUCACCAAGACAAUGUACCUAUUCACAAAUCGAUGGCAACGAUGUUUGAAUUGAGCGAAUUGUUUUCUCAUCCACCGUAUAGUUCAGAUCUGGUCCACAGUGACUACUGGCUAUUCGCUGAUCUCAAAUUCAGAAAUUCAGCUCAGAUGAAGAAGCAAUUACUGAAACUGAAUCUAUUUUGACGCAAAAGAUAAAUUAUUAUAUUGAAGGUGAUUAUAUUGAUAAAUUUUGGCAAAAAAUGUGUCACACUACUUAUUGAAGAAGUUAUGGAGAGGAUAUGAUAUAUUUCAAACAACGGUACAAAGUCCAAUGGGAUUAAAUAGGGUAUUUUGGCGGGCAAUUACGUAGGCCAUCUUCGGGUCCAUCCAGUUAUUUUCCAGUGGUUCCAGCUCCGAAUAUUUUACCGAAAUUUGAUGUACGGUAAUUUAAUCAAAUGAUUUGUUGGUUUGGGUAAAAAUCAUACAAAAACGUACCAUAAAAACUUUAUUUUCAUUUCUUACAUAAUAAUUAAAUGUGAUAAUAUUUAUUAACACAGAAACUUUUGGCAAAAACGUUUUUUCUCGUUAAGAUCACAGAAAGUUGAACAAUAUAAUUAGAGAUAAUUUUUAUUUUCUUAUCGAAUUGUCUACGUUAUUUUUCCUACGAACACUGUAUGAUUUCAUACAUUUGUAUUUAUAGUAUUUUCGUUAAUAUUAAUUUAAAAAAUGUUAUUAUAUAUAUAAAUAAGAUAAGAGAUCUACUACAAAGACUUUUUUCAUUAAACAUUAUUAUAGCAAAAGAAAUAAGUACUUUCAAGUUCUUUCUAUUGAUUCUAAAAGACAAACUAGACGCUACCCAUUUGAAACGUAACAUUCUGACUCAUUGUGUGGCGAUGCUGUUACACUAGGUGUAUACUGAGUUGUAGAUGAGCCAGAUCCAGACUAUCACAUUUCAACAGAAGAAGUGUGGCUGUUGCAAAAUAACAGAAGAAAACAAUGUUGAAGUAAAUGACGAAAAAAAUGUUGAAGCAGACGAUGAGAAAACUGUGGAAGUAGUUGAUGAUAACAAUGUUGAAGUAGAUGAUGAAAAAACUGUCGAAGUAGACGAUGAGAAAACUGUGGAAGUAGACGAUGAGAAAACUGUGGAAGUAGAUAAUGAAAAAACUAUUGAAGUAGUUAAUGACAACAAUAUUGAAGUAGACGAUGAGAAAACUGUUGAAGUAGUUGAUGAUAACAAUGUUGAAGUAGAUGAUGAAAAAACUGUCGAAGUAGACGAUGAGAAAACUGUGGAAGUAGACGAUGAGAAAACUGUGGAAGUAGAUAAUGAAAAAACUAUUGAAGUAGUUAAUGACAACAAUAUUGAAGUAGACGAUGAGAAAACUGUUGAAGUAGUUGAUGAUAACAAUGUUGAAGUAGAUGAUGAAAAAACUGUCGAAGUAGACGAUGAGAAAACUGGGGAAGUAGACGAUGAGAAGACUGUUGAAGUAGACGAUGAGAAAACUGUUGAAGUAGUUGAUGAUAACAAUGUUGAAGUAGAUGAUGAAAAAACUGUCGAAGUAGACGAUGAGAAAACUGUGGAAGUAGACGAUGAGAAAACUGUGGAAGUAGAUAAUGAAAAAACUAUUGAAGUAGUUAAUGACAACAAUAUUGAAGUAGACGAUGAGAAAACUGUUGAAGUAGUUGAUGAUAACAAUGUUGAAGUAAACGAUGAGAAAACUGUUGAAGUAGUUGAUGAUAACAAUGUUGAAGUAAACGAUGAGAAAACUGUUGAAGUAGUUGAUGAGAACAAUGUUGAAGUAGAUGAUCCUAUUAACUACAAGCUUUAAAUUAGUGAAGUCGAAGACUAAGUUUAUUU